AUGGCAUCCGUCUCCAGUGCGGGUGAAGCAGUGGCGAGAAUUGCCUACCUGACGAGCGAUCUCGUUCUGUCGGUGCAACCCUCGCUUCAUGCCGACUCGCUGUUCUCCAAGUCGCUGAAGGCCUUGAAGACCAACAAGGCCACUGCCAUUCGCUCAAGAAGAAUCCCAGAAGUGCAAGCCGUGCGCUCCAAUGAAGACCCUCUUUUGUCGGCCUUCCAUCCCCUCCAGAAUGGCGAGACCGUCUCCGUGGUCACCGGCUCGUCGAUCCUGAUCACCUCCGUUCCUCACUUGUACCGCCUGGCCAACUUCCCCGUUGUCAUCCACGUCGCCCUGGAGUCCUCACCAUUCCCCGACUACUCGGUGAUCAGCUCGAUCCGCCAGUGUGGCUUUACAUUUUUGCAUUCGGAGACCAUUCAAGAGGCUCAGGAUAUCGCCAUCACCGCUCAUGCCCUGGCUCUGAAGUCCGGAAAGGGUGUGAUUCACUUCUUUGAUCCGGCCAAUUCCGCCAACGAUCCCGCCAUCUCGGCCGAGAACAUCGAUGUUGUGAAGAAGGUGCUGCUUAACUUCAGUGGAAGCGCUGCUUCUCACUCUUCCACUGGCUCCCGGACUUUGUAUGCCGACUCUGGUCGUGUGGCCACCGUCUCUUCCGAUGACGUGGAACCUUCGCCUGCAGGACAGGGCGAGGCAUCGACUACGCUGGCGGUGCCCUCUCAAGCCCAAACCCCAUCUAUCAGCGUCGAAAAUUCGUCUGUUGGCUCUUCCCGGCGAGACAGCAGUGCCGGAAGUGAAACUGCUAGCUCGACGGCCACGACGAUCGAUGGCUCCAGUACUCGGUCAGUCAAUGCGGCCGAUAUCUUCGCAUGGGCUUCCCAGAUUUGGCGGGCUCUGGACCGGGAAGUCGGACGCAACUACAGUGCCAUUGAAUACACCGGCCCUGCUGAAGCCAAGUCGGCCGUUUUUGUGUUCGGCUCCACCGGUGUCUUCGUUGACGCCCUUUCCAAGGCCGAGGAAAACAGUGAACUCGCAAGCAUUGGUCUCAUCACUGCGCGCCUGUACCGUCCGUGGGUUGGAGGACAAAUUGCCAACUCCAUCCCCACCUCGAUUGAGAAGAUUGCCGUUCUGGAGCAGGUCCGCAAGACCACCAAAUGGGGUCCGUCUUUCAUGGAUCUGCUGUCCAGCCUGACCCCCUCGUCCGUUCGCGGUCAGAAUCUCAAGGUUGUCGGUUACCGUCUGGGAUUUGUCGAGCCUUCCACCGCUGUCCAGGCUCUCCGUGGCAUUCUGCAGAAUCUGAGCUCUGCCAGCCCCAUCCAGAACCUCGAGGUUGGGAGCUCCACGGCUCCUGCUGUCCAGAGCGCGCUUGAGCAGCCCCGCAUUGAGAAUGCGUAUUUGAAGAUUCUGAACCAGCUUUUCGGGGAGCGCCUCUACAUUGCGAACCAACUUGGAUCUAAGAAUGCCGGCGUCUCGUCGACCAUUGCUGCCAGCCCUGAGUAUGGGUUUGGUUCGCUGCUGGCUCGCAUGGAGCAUCGUGAGAGAUUCAUCCGGGAGGUUGAGGAAGCGUCCAAGUCCAACACUUUUGCCACUGAUAUUCCCAAGACUUGGCUGUCCCGCUGGGCUCUGAACGCCCGGGAUGCCUCCAAGGCCAAUAAGCUGGCUCCUGAUGUUAUUGCGCGCCUCUCCAAUGAUGGUUCCAAGCUGUCCCGCCAGCUCCUGGAGUCAAAGAAGCUUUUCUUUGAUGAAUCCGAGUGGUUGAUUGGUUCCGACGCCUGGGCGUAUGACCUUGGUAACUCCGGUGUUCAUCAUGUGCUCGCCUCUGGUGCCAACGUCAACAUGUUGGUAAUCGACUCGCAGCCCUACUCCGAGCGCACUGCUGCCGAUCCCACGCGCCGGAAGAAGGACAUUGGCCUCUACGCCAUGAACUUCGGUAAUGCUUACGUUGCCUCUGUUGCGGUGUACAGCUCGUACACUCAGGUUCUCCAGGCCAUGGCCGAAGCCGAGCAGUUCAAGGGACCUUCGGUCGUUGUCGCCUAUCUUCCAUACCACCAGGAGGAUGACUCUGCUCUCACUGUCCUUCAAGAAACCAAGAAGGCUGUCGAUCUCGGUUACUGGCCCUUGUACCGCUGGAAUCCUGCUAAUGAGGAGAAGGAUGAGCCGAAGUUCGCUCUUGACUCCGAACGCAUCAAGCGCGAGCUGGAGGAGUUCCUUCGCCGAGACAACCAGCUCACCCAGCUGAUGAACCGCCAACCUAAAUACUCAGCCGUGCUCUCCGAGUCUUAUGGUACCGAGGUUCGCGCCCUGCAGAAGCGCCACGCGAAGGAUUCGUACGAAAAACUCUUGGAGGGACUCUUCGGUGCUCCUCUUACUAUUCUUUUCGCCUCCGACAAUGGCAACGCGGAGAAUCUGGCCAAGCGUCUGGGUAACCGCGGCCGCACUCGCGGCCUGAAGACUAUGGUCAUGGCCAUGGAUGAGUACCCUGUUGAAGAUUUGCCGACUGAGGAGAAUGUCGUCUUCAUCACUAGUACUGCUGGUCAGGGUGAAUUCCCUGUGAACGGCCGUGGUCUUUGGGAAGUCAUCAAGAACUCUGGUGAUCUCGAUCUGUCAUCCAUUAAUUACUCUGUGUUCGGUCUGGGUGAUAAGCACUACUGGCCCCGCAAACAAGACAGGAUUUACUACAACAAGCCUGCUAAGGACCUUGAUGCUAGAAUUGCUUUCCUCGGUGGUCGCAAGCUUGCAGACAUUGGCCUCGGUGAUGACCAGGAUCCCGAUGCUUACCAGACCGGAUAUGCUGAGUGGGAGCCGCUCGUGUGGAAGGCGCUGGGUGUGGACAAGGUUGAAGGUCUGCCGGAGGAGCCGGCGCCGCUCACCAACGAAGACAUGAAGAUCCAGUCCAACUUCCUGCGUGGUACCAUCGCCGAGGGCCUUCUGGACGAGACCACUGGUGCUAUCUCCGCCAGUGACCAGCAGCUGACCAAGUUCCACGGCACCUACAUGCAGGAUGACCGUGAUGUUCGUGAUGAGCGCAAGGCUCAAGGUCUCGAGCCGGCAUACAGCUUCAUGAUCCGUUGCCGUCUCGCUGGUGGUGUUGCUACUCCUCAGCAGUGGCUGCAAAUGGAUGCCAUCGCCAGUUCGCAUGGUAACGAGACGAUGAAGCUCACGACCCGGCAAACAUUCCAGUUCCACGGUGUCAUUAAGCGCAAUCUCCGUGGCGCGAUGCGUGCUAUCAACAAGGCUCUGAUGACUACCAUCGCUGCCUGUGGUGAUGUGAACCGUAACGUCAUGUGCAGUUCUCUUCCGGAGCUGUCCGACUUCCACCGUGAGACUUACGCUGUUUCUCAGAAGAUCAGCGAUCACCUUCUUCCCUCGACCACUGCCUACCAUGAGAUUUGGCUGAAAGAUGAAGAUGACAAGAAGGUCCUUGUGGCUGGAGAUGCCGUUGUCGACUCUGAGCCCCUCUAUGGUCCCACUUAUCUUCCUCGGAAGUUCAAGAUCACCAUUGCCAUCCCACCCCACAACGACACUGAUGUCUACGCCCACGACAUUGGCUUGAUCGCCAUCAAGGGUGCCGAUGGACAUCUGGAAGGAUUCAACGUUUUGGCCGGUGGUGGUAUGGGCUCUACGCACAAUAACAAGAAGACGUACCCCCAGACUGGUCGCAUGUUUGGAUACUUCCCGGCCGAUACAGUUCACAUAGCCUGCGAGAAGAUCAUGCUUGUCCAGCGUGAUUUUGGUGACCGGAAGAACCGCAAGCAUGCUCGUCUGAAGUACACCAUCGACGACAUGGGUGUUGAUGUCUUCCGCGGCAAGGUCGAAGAGCUCCUUCCCGAGGGAAUGCGCUUCGCCGAGCCCCGUCCGUUCAAGUUUACCUCGAACGUCGACACCUUCGGAUGGCAGAAGGAUGAGAAGGGUCUCAACCACUUCACCUUCUUCAUCGAGAACGGCCGUGUCGAGGACACUGCCGAAUUCACCAUGCGCACUGGUCUCCGUGAGGUGGCGGCGCUGAACAAGGGCGAGUUCCGUCUUACUGGUAACCAGCACUUGAUCCUGUCCAACAUCGCCGACGAGGAUCUGCCGGUCGUUAAGGGGGUCAUGGCUAAGCACAAGCUGGACAACACCUCCUUCUCCGGCAUGCGUUUGUCUUCCUCCGCCUGUGUUGCUUUCCCGACCUGCGGUCUGGCCAUGGCCGAGUCCGAGCGCUACUUGCCUGUCCUCAUUUCCAAACUUGAGUCGACACUCGAGGAGGUCGGUCUGGCCCGUGAAAGCAUUGUCAUGCGUAUGACCGGUUGCCCCAACGGCUGCGCUCGUCCUUGGUUGGCCGAGGCCGCCUUCGUUGGAAAGGCCUUCGGUGCUUACAACAUGUACUUGGGUGGUGGCUACCACGGCCAGCGCCUGAACAAGUUGUACCGCUCCUCGAUCAAGGAGGAUGAGAUCCUUGAUAUCAUGAAGGGUCUUCUUAAGCGCUAUGCCCUUGAGCGCAACACCGAUGGCGAGAUUCCCGAGCGCUUCGGUGACUGGUGUAUCCGCGCCGGUGUCAUCAACGAGACCACUGACGGCCAGAACUUCCACGAAGGCGUUGCCGAGGAAGACGAAGAAGACGAGGAGUAG